AUCAAGGUGGAGGAUUGUCUGAAGGCUCAGAAGGAGCAGAAAGAAAAAAUAGCAACUUCCAAAAGAGACACAGAGCAAACAGUGCAGGAGAUGCUUGAUCUCAUUGAAAAAGACAAAAAAAAUAUAGUGGCUGAAUUCAGAGAACUACAACUCUGGUUGGAAGGACAGGAGAAGCUUCUGCUGGCUAGAAUGGAAGAGACGGAGAAGGAUAUUAUGGCAAGAAAGGAGAAGGGUUUGGCCAACCACAUGGAGGAAGUGCGCUCUCUUGACCAUCUCAUCCAGGAGAUAGAAGAGAAGCUUCAGCAGCCAGCCAGCCAACUCUUACAGGUCAGGACAGGAAGUGGAGAUCAUAGAAUCCUUGGGCUGGAAGGGACCUUGGAGGUCUGCUAGUCCAAUCCUCUGCCCUAGGCAGGAGUCCUUAUUCCAUCCUGAAAACAUGGUUGUCCAAACUGUUAUUGAAAGCCUCCAGUGAUGUAUAACCCAGAACUCAGGGAGGCUUGCUUCUUGUUAUUCCCUCAGGUGCUAUGGAGAGUAAAUCCAUGCCCUUUUCCCUAUGAGAGCCCUUCAAGUAUUGGAAGGUGGCUGUCGUGUCUCCCCUAAGCCUUCCCUUGGUUAGGCUAAGCA